AUGAUUAGUGCUACCUCCUUUUUGAAUCACCCCGGCAGCCGGCCGCCGCGGUAUCGCACUCCCUCGCCGCCGCGACGCGCCGUCGAGCCCAUCUCGCCCUGCUCGACCUCCGACUUCCGGGCCUCAUGGGUUGACCGCAGCGUCGCCCGCGUGUUCGGCCCCGAUCGCGACCAGUUCGUACCAAACAAUACCGCUUAUCACCCUGCUGAUGGGGCUGCUGCUCACCGGUCCAGCCAUGGCCGUUCUAGUUCGACUAUUGAUACCCUCGCGACGAUCGCUCUAGCGACGAGUCCGACCUUCGCUCCCCUCUCCUACCGACCUCCCUCCCAAAACUCCUCCGCCCCCGCCAGAUCGCUAUUCCCCCACGAGCCUCUGGAAUCUACAGAACGCCCGGCCAAGCGUCCGCGGUCGGAAAAAGAUCCGUCGCCGUUCUCCCAACACCGGCCGGUUGCUUUGCCCGAUGCAAAUUCUGCCAUGCUGCUCGACCUUGACAGCAUGAAGACGGACGCAGAGCUGCUGCUGAACUUUUCACGGCCACUGCCUCCCCCUCCUCCGAAACGAGUCAGUAUCGACGAGUCAUCCUACCAUUACGGGGAGGAGCAGAGGCAUCACGCCACGGCGGAUUUCGGAGGUGCGAGCUGGAGAUUGACCGACGAAAAAUACACCUACCACACCCCUGGGAGCAACAAUGUGCCGCCCUCUCGAAUGAGAUCGCAGUCCGACGGGUCGGCUGCCAUCUCGCGCCCGGUUAUCCAAGGCGCGCGCCCGAACACGAGCUCCUCCACCCUCCCGCCGAUCCUUUGGCAGGAAGAGGGCGACGCCGACGACCACUGGGGCUCGACAACCAGGAUCGCACUGAAAGGCCUUCAGUCAGACACACAAAGCUUAUUGCAUGCCACCGGUGUCGCGCCAAUGCCGGCUCGGCCUUCCAAGGUCGAGGACGACAUGGAAAUGGAGGAGUCGAGCCAAGCCAGUUGUGCGGCCUGCAAUCUCGUGCGGAUCCCGAUAGACACUGGGGAGCAGGGCGACGUAACAUGGAUCAGCUGCGAUGGUUGCAAACGGUGGUUUCAUAUCGUUUGUGCCGGGUUCAAGAAUGAUCGCGAGAUUCGGACGGUGGACAAGUUUAUCUGCCGUGGAUGUCGUGGCGCUUUUGGAAACACCACAUUCGUCCGCAAAUCCUCGAGAGCUCGGACUGCUAUUGACUAUGCUGGCCUCAAUCAAGGCCUCGUGAAGGCAGCCUCGGACUCGCUGGAGCACCACUACAUCGAACCCAUUCGACAGGGCAAAAUCCAAUUCCUCCCGGAGAAUUUCCCCCGCAUGCGUCCGGAGCUGGUCACCGCCGAGUACUUCGAGCGAGGAAAUGGCAUGACAGAACCAAUUGUCAUCCCUGCUGAGUGGAACACUCGUGAAUCUGCUUCCAUCGACGAUUCCGAACUCGACUCUCUCGCCCAAGAGGCUCCCACUCAAGAGAUGUUCGACGAGCUACUUGAACAUCUAGUCGCAGACAGCCAAGACUGCGAGCAGGUGAUCGAUUGCGGUCAGGACCAGUUGGAUAUGGUCAUCCCACAAGGCCUCACCGUUCGACGAGUGGCGGAACUCUACGGUCCGGAGGAACGGGUGGAAGUUAUCGACGUUAAAUCACAACAAGGGGAAGACAAGCGAUGGACUAUGCAGAAAUGGGCCGAUUACUACGAGAGCACUGGCGACAAGGUUGUCCGCAACGUCAUUAGCCUGGAGGUGUCGCAGAGCCCACUAGGCAGGCUAAUUCGCCGGCCUAAGGUCGUCCGUGACCUUGAUCUGCAAGACUCCGUUUGGCCCGAGGAACUCCAGGCGGUUAGUGACUUCCCGAAAGUUCAGUUCUACUGCUUGAUGUCUGUGGCCGACUGCUACACCGACUUCCACAUCGACUUUGGCGGGUCAUCCGUCUACUACCAUAUCCUGAAAGGCAAAAAGACCUUCUUCUUUAUCCCGCCAAAAGAUAAGCAUUUAAAGAAAUAUGAAGAAUGGUGCAAUUCACCCGCCCAGGAUUCUACGUUCCUCGGGGAUCAAACCAAGGAAUGCUACCGCGUGGACCUCGGCGAAGGCGAUACGAUGCUGAUCCCGUCGGGCUGGAUCCACGCCGUCUGGACGCCUGAGAAUAGUCUGGUCAUCGGCGGAAACUUCCUGACCAGGUUGAACUAUGGGAUGCAGAUCAAAAUCGCGCAGAUUGAGAAGGACACCAAGGUUCCUAGAAAGUUCCGGUACCCGUUCUUCCAGAAAAUUCACUGGUAUACUGCACUGAGGUAUCUUGAGGAUGACCCGCUGCCUCAGGGUGUCCUGGACGCCUUCGCACAGGAUGAGAACUACCGCUUCCACCGAGGUUACCCCAUCUACUACGAAUUUGGAGAACGAUCUAACCCUGCCCCCGCCGGAUCCCCCUAUCACAACUCACGUUUCUAUUCCCAGGCGGAACUGGAAGGACUGCCAGAUCUGGCCAAGUAUCUCCUCCGCACCGCGCUGAUUGCAGGCUCCUACCACAUCGAAGGCGUGACGAUGGACGCCGGAAAUGCAGUCAGGCGCUCGAUACCCAAGAUGUCGGGUGAUCCGAUUGACGUCGUGAGAAAGUUUGGGAUUUGGGUUGCCUGGAAGCGCGGGAACGAGAGAGCGCCACAGUGGACUCGCCCGGGUGUGGUGGAGAGCAACGCGAAGCUCAGUCUGGCGGAGAAGAAGCCGGCUGGGCGACCUAGCCGUCGUUCCGAGCGGAAUACCGACAGCCAGCGCACGUACACCGAGAGACAGGCUGUGCAGCGACUUCCGGAACCGCGCGAGUCUUCUACGGAGGUCAGCAACAGCAACAAUGCCCCCAGCCUUCCAUCCACCUCGGGAACGACUUUACCGGUGAGCGCUUCAGGCAGCGGAAUGAAAGAGGAGGUGGUUCCGAAGCCUCGAGCUACACCUCGCGGUUCCGGAUUGGGUCCUAAGCGGGUUGCUUGUGAUGCGUGUCGCAAACGAAGGAUCCGGUGUCACCACAAGGACGAACAGCACGACGGGCUUUCGGCCAAGCCGACGGCCGUGGCUGCAUUUGCUGCUGGAAGUCAUUCGCUAGCGCACGACGCAGCGACGGCGCUGAACUCGUUGGCCGCCAUCGCAUCGGAGGCGGGCUUUCAAGACAGUGCAAAUGGAAGAAGUCUGGAUCGGUUCGAAGUCUCCGGGAAGUUUAACCCAGCUAUCUUGGGCACGCCGCAUGCACCUAUCAACCGGCUCAACGAUGUUAGCCCUGACGGCCUGAAUAGCGGCAAGAAGGGCCGCAGCAAGGCUUGUGACGAUUGUCGGAAAAGCAAGCGUCGGUGUAUCCACGAUGAGUAUGGCCGGAUUGACCCGGUCAAGGCCCAGGAACGAGCGAAGCCCCGCGCGGCUGCUUCGGGCAAACGACCCCGCCCCGAAGAAGGGACUGGCUCUGCGAGCAAGCGCAUGAAGCAGGAAAGCACUUCGCCUCUGGCAAGACCCGCGCAUCUCAGCCGCGAGGGCAUGAUGGAGACACAAGAUGCUCGACUGGCCGAGCCUACCCACCAGCCGGACUUCAAUGCGCCUUUCUCCGGUGUCUCUCACGACGACCAGGACUAUUCACAACCAGACAUGGUCGAGAAAGAAGCGCCGCUCGGACAGACCUCGUACGCAUCGCCGCCAGCAUUCCAAACCGACACCAUGGACGCAAAAGAGAUGGACUCAGCACCGGUCUCCAAGCCCACAGCCACCCUUGUAUCACCGCCGACGUCGCUGGCCGAUGAGACGGAUGUUCCUCAUGAGCACGCCGAUGGGGAGGGAGAACAUGGGGUCGUCCUUCACACGCCCACGUCGAGUUCACGGCAUUCCUCCCGGCAGCCUCGCCAGGUCGACCGGUAUGUGCCCGAGGUGCAUGUCUUGAAGCCGACCAAGCCGCCGACGCACACGCCCACCGCGCGCCGCUCGUCGUUCGGCGGAUCGAGUGCGGGAGUGCGCAAGUCGACGCCGGGUCCAUCGUCAGGCUCGAAAACGUCUUCCUCGCGGCCCUCCUCGUCCUCGCAAGCCAAGAAGAGCUUCUGGCCCACGGACGAGAGAAAGGGAGACCGCCACGCGGCGUCCUCGGCAUCGCCUGGGCACACGGGCAAGAACCCGAAGCGUGCGGUGGACGAGGAGCCCGAUGCGGAGAGUCUGCGCCUCAUUCGCGAGCUGCAGGAAGCGGAAUUCGGGCUGCGGAAGCGAUCGACGCGAGUAUGAGGCUCAUGCAGAUUGGGACACCAUUUUUCUUCUAUUUUCACCUUUAGACCAGCUAGAUCGGGCGACCGGAGACUCGGGUUUGGAACGAUCGAGUUCGAUCAGAUUUGCUAGGAUGCGGAGUUUGACGGAAGGAGUCUGGCCAAGGGUUGGCUUAGUUUAUUUUGCUUGGGUUGUUUCUGAUCGAUUGGCGUCACGUUGGCGGAUUGGGGGUUUACCUUGUCUUGUCUGUUUUGCGGUCUGCACCAGGCGUUUAAUGUGGGAGUCUUGACCAGAUGGUCCUUCGUUCCUUUGGUGUUGUGUUUCCUUGAAUUCGAUGGAGCUUCGGCUCGGACGCCUACGGCGGUCCCUUGUUUAUUUUCAUUUUUUUCAGUAUACCUCCCUUGGCGCGUUUCUCAGCCUUUUUCAGUCCGACCGGGCUGCCGGGCUAGCCCUAAUG